AUUCGUGAUAAUAUGACUUCUUUUCAUGAUAUAAUGUGUGAAUCAAACUGGGAGAUGCGUGUGCUUGCUUUCUUACUUGAAAUCACUAAAGCUAAUGCAUUUUUAUCAUUUAAAAAAUGGCAUGAAGAAGCAUAUAACGUUUCACAUUUUGAUUUUAGACAACAAUUGGCCCUUGAAAUUCUUAAUGAAGAAUAUCUUAAUUUAAGAAAUUCAUCACCAAAUUUAUUCAAAAAAUGUUCAAGAACACAAGCUAAGCCACUGCAUAAAUUAUCUCCUCUUGCUAAAAGAAAAAAAACUCGAAACAUUACAAUUUAUUCAUAG